AGUCGAUCGACUUUUCUUUCAAACAGAAGAAGAAUUUACUGAAAAGUAGAUUGAGCUGCUUCAGCUGCUGCCAUAAUGGGAGCAGAUGAUCUUAGUCUUGAAAAGAUCAAGAAUGAAUCCAUUGAUUUGGAAAAGGUUCCGAUAGAGGAAGUGUUCCAGCAGCUGAAAUGCGGCCGCGAUGGGCUGAGCUCCACCGAAGGAGAAAACAGAGCUGUGAUCUUCGGCCUCAACAAAUUGGAAGAGAAGAAAGAAAGCAAAUUCCUCAAGUUUCUCGGAUUCAUGUGGAACCCUCUCUCAUGGGUGAUGGAAGCCGCCGCCCUCAUGGCCAUCGUCCUCGCCAACGGCCAAGGCAUGCCCCCCGACUGGCAGGACUUCGUCGGCAUCGUCUGCCUUCUCCUCAUCAACUCCGCCAUCAGUUUCUUCGAAGAGAACAACGCCGGUAAUGCCGCGGCCGCUCUCAUGGCCGGCCUCGCCCCCAAAACCAAGGUCCUCAGAGACGCCAAAUGGAGCGAGCAGGAGGCCGCCAUUUUAGUCCCCGGCGACAUCAUCAGCAUCAAGCUCGGUGAUAUCAUCCCGGCCGAUGCCCGUCUCCUUGAAGGGGAUCCUCUCAAGGUGGACCAAUCGGCCCUCACUGGAGAGUCUCUCCCCGUGACUAAACACCCCUACGACGAGGUCUUCUCCGGGUCGACAUGCAAGCAGGGCGAGAUCGAGGCUGUCGUCAUCGCCACCGGCGUCCACACCUUCUUCGGGAAGGCGGCGCAUCUUGUCGACAGCACACACCAAGUAGGCCACUUCCAGAAGGUUCUCACAGCGAUAGGAAACUUCUGCAUCUGCUCCAUCGCUGUCGGCAUGGUGGCGGAGAUCAUCGUGAUGUAUCCCAUCCAGCGCCGCAGCUAUCGAAAUGGAAUUGAUAAUCUUCUGGUGUUACUCAUCGGCGGCAUCCCCAUCGCCAUGCCCACAGUGCUGUCUGUGACCAUGGCCAUCGGAUCCCACCGCCUUUCGCAGCAGGGCGCCAUCACGAAGCGGAUGACAGCCAUCGAGGAGCUAGCCGGAAUGAACGUGCUCUGCAGUGACAAAACAGGGACGCUCACGCUCAACAAGCUCACCGUCGAUAAAUCUCUCAUUGAAGUCUUCGCCAAGGGCACCGACGCUGAUCACGUCCUUCUCCUCGCGGCCAGAGCCUCUAGAACGGAGAAUCAGGACGCUAUUGAUGCAGCCAUUGUUGGAACUCUUUCUGAUCCCAAAGAGGCUCGAGCUGGGAUAAGGGAGGUGCAUUUCUUCCCGUUCAACCCUGUGGAUAAGAGGACUGCUCUCACAUACAUUGAUAACAACGGAAACUGGCAUCGAGCUAGCAAGGGAGCUCCGGAGCAGAUCCUCACCCUCUGCAACUGUAGGGAGGAUUUCAAGAAGAAAGUUCACGGAGUCAUCAACAAAUUUGCUGAGCGCGGCCUACGGUCUCUUGCUGUUGGUAGACAGCAAGUGCCGGAGAAAUCCAAGGAGAGCCUCGGUGGUCCUUGGGAGUUUGUCGGGCUCUUGUCACUCUUUGAUCCUCCCAGGCAUGACAGUGCAGAAACUAUCCGUAGAGCUCUCCACCUUGGUGUGAAUGUGAAGAUGAUCACUGGUGAUCAGCUUGCUAUUGCUAAGGAGACGGGGCGUAGGCUUGGGAUGGGAGUAAACAUGUACCCCUCUGCUUCGUUAUUAGGCCAACACAAAGACGAGUCCAUUGCUGGACUUCCCAUCGAAGAACUGAUUGAGAAGGCUGAUGGCUUUGCAGGAGUGUUCCCAGGUGCGUUAUUGUGUAGAUAUGAUGAAACGAUCAUUGGACCUUUGGUUUAUAUGUCGGGUUUUAAACUUGGCCGAUGCAAUGCAGAGCACAAGUAUGAGAUCGUGAAGAAGUUGCAGGAGAGGAAGCACAUUGUUGGAAUGACAGGAGAUGGUGUGAACGAUGCACCAGCGUUGAAGAAGGCCGAUAUUGGUAUUGCUGUUGCAGAUGCCACCGAUGCAGCAAGAGGCGCUUCUGAUAUUGUGCUCACUGAGCCGGGGCUCAGUGUCAUCAUUAGCGCAGUCUUGACGAGUAGAGCUAUUUUCCAGAGAAUGAAGAACUACACUAUAUACGCAGUUUCCAUCACCAUUCGUAUAGUGUUUGGAUUCAUGCUCAUUUCAUUGAUCUGGAAGUUCGACUUCUCCCCCUUCAUGGUUUUGAUCAUUGCCAUCUUAAACGACGGCACAAUUAUGACGAUUUCGAAGGAUAGAGUGAAGCCAUCUCCAUUGCCAGAUAGCUGGAAACUGAAGGAGAUCUUUGCCACAGGCAUUGCACUAGGAGGCUAUCUUGCGUUUAUGACUGUCGUCUUCUUCUGGUUGAUGCAUGAAUCCGACUUCUUUCCGGAGAAAUUUGGAGUGAAAAGCAUCAGACACAGUGAUGCUGAGAUGAUGUCUGCUCUCUACUUGCAAGUGAGCAUUGUGAGCCAAGCCCUCAUUUUUGUCACCAGAUCGCGCAGCUGGUCUUACGUGGAGCGCCCAGGCAUGCUCCUCAUGAGCGCCUUCGUCAUUGCACAGCUGGUGGCAACUCUUAUUGCUGUGUACGCGGAUUGGUCGUUUGCAAAGGUAAAAGGGUGCGGGUGGGGAUGGGCCGGUGUGAUCUGGAUAUACAGCGCGGUGUUCUAUGUGCCCCUCGACUUAAUGAAGUUUGCCAUACGCUACAUCUUGAGCGGGAGGGCGUGGCAAAACUUGUACGAGAACAAGAUUGCUUUCACCUCCAAGAAAGACUUUGGCAAGGAGGAGAGAGAAGCGCAGUGGGCUCAUGCACAAAGGACUCUGCAUGGUCUGAACCAACCCGAAGAAGCUUCCAGCAACAUAUUAAACGAAAAGAACAACUACAGGGAGCUGUCUGAAAUCGCGGAGCAGGCUAUGAAACGCGCUGAAAUUGCAAGGCUGCGCGAGCUGCACACGCUCAAGGGGCACGUCGAGUCAGUUGUGAAACUAAAGGGGCUCGACAUUGAGACGAUACAGCAGCACUACACUGUCUGAGGAGUUCUUCAACACCUGAUUUAGAAGCACAUGGAGAAUGACAGAGACUUCUCUAGCUAGUUAUGGAUAAGAGCUCUUCCUAUUUAGAGGAAUUGAGACAUAUAUAAAACUUUAUCUUGUUUUGUUUUCAUGUUUUAUAAAUGAUAUCACAGACAAACUUGUCUGAUGUUUGGACUCCUUUGAUGAGUUUAAAGAAGUUUUUGU